AUGACGCGUCCCAUGAUCUGUGGCGAAGAUACACCCAAGGCACCGUUCCCCGUCUACUUGCGCGGCACUGUCGAGCAUGGCUAUGGGCGCGGAAGUAAACAACUCAAUUGUGCGACGGCAAAUUUACCUAUUUCUGCGCUGGAUGAUCCCGUCAAUGAUCCACAACACCGUUUGCACGAGACAGGCGUCUACUUUGGUUACGCACAGGUGCGAUUCCGCGACGGUGCGCCUCAUGUUGCGGCUGAUCGAGAGAUAUAUCCUAUGGUCAUGAGCCUUGGCUGGAAUCCACAAUUCCAGAACCAGCAGAAGUCUAUCGAGGUGCACAUCUUGCACAACUAUGCAGCUGACUUUUAUGGCGAGGAUAUGCAUGUGGUUGUGUUGGGCUACAUCCGGCCGGAGCGCAAGUACGCGAAUCUUGAGGCGCUCAUGGAUGACAUUAACAUUGAUAAGCGCGUUGGCCUGAACUCGCUUGAUAGACCGGCCUAUUGUGCGUAUCAGAAGGAGAAUUGGUUCUCGUAG